AUGCGUGAUGCCCUGUUGAUGGGUAACUGCGCCGAGAGGACAAAGGCGAUGCGACAGGAGUGGAACGAAUGGACAGAACUCCUCGAGUGGGUGCUUCUGUCAGAGGGUGGACACAACACUGCUCCUCAUAUGGAUAGUCAUGGCUGGGCCACCUGGAUCACCGUUCAGGAAGGCCUUUUCGGGUUUGGUUGGAUGGCACGGCCUACUGAGGCGGAGCAAGCUGCCUGGAUGGCAGAUCCUAUACAUUACACAGGAGGCAACUGGAGGUUCCUCAUACUGAAGCCUGGACAGACAGUCUUCUUCCCCACUGGCACCAUCCAUUUUGUCUUCCGCUUACGGAGCGAGCAGACGCUCGCCGUCGGUGGUCACGUUCUUCAAUGGUCCGGAAUCGAGCGGUGGAUUAUGGUCAUACUGAACCAGCUGAAGAAUCCGAGCAUUACCAACGAGGACCUAGGCGUCGAUGUUUUGAAAUACGUGCGGACUGUCGCGUCGCUGGUAACCAACCGGCUGAAGCAGUGCAGACUCGGCGAAUUGGGCACUAUCGAAACAGCACAACGUUUCCUCGUGCUGACAAACGAAGUGGAAAGACAUUUCCAAAGAAAGAAGAAGAAGAAAAGCAAACGAUGA